AUGGAGAAGCACUGGGUCAGCCAGUCCGAACCCAGCUGGGUCUUCUGGGCGCACGAGUUCUCCAAGCGCGCCACUUGCUACUCUACCUUUCGGAGAGAAUGCUACGCCGCGGAGCACGACGACCUGUUCGACUUCUUCGAGACGGUCGUCUCCUGGCAGCGCCGCCUCCCCUCGUUCCGCUGGCUCAGCGACGCGGGCAUCCGCCCUUCCAACAAGACUGGUUACAGCCUCUCUGACAUGCAGUAUGCUCUGACCAAGGAGUCCGGCCAGCUGCCGUUUAUUGGCUGCGAUGGCCCCAGGUACAAUGAGACCAAGGCUGGCAAGGGAUCAAAGGAUCAUGGGCGCACCGAAGUCAACGAGCUCUGGUAUUACUACCACGUCAGUGGAACGCCUCAGCCUGGCGACGCGAGGAAACUGGAUGCUGGCAAGGCGGGCGGCCGGUUGACAGCUUGCGCACAAGCCAGCGGUGCUAUCAAGUAUUACGAGCGUACCAAGGGCGGCGAGGACCGAGGUUUCUUGUGA